AUGUUUCUCUGGAGGUCAAAACCAACAGUUGAGGCAGAAGCCGCUGCUCCUGCUCCAGCACCUGUGGCCCCUUUGAUUACCACAAGCCCUAUUUCGGCAUCGCCAUCACCCGCCCGACCUGUUAUUUCUGCAAACAGUAUUUCUGUCACGUUUUCUUCAUCCGACUUUUCUAUCAUUAAGGGAACAUUGGGGAGGAUAGACGACCGUACAAAGAACGCCGACAGCCAAAAAGCAGGGCCCAGGAAAUUAAAGGGCAAGGAUACCGAUUAUGAAUACAUUCAACAUCUCGGGCAGGGCAGCUAUGGGAAUGUAUCGAAGGUUAGACGAGCAAAAGAUGGAAAGAUUAUGGCCUGCAAGACUAUCGAUUGUGCUCGAAACCCACAGCUCUACGACUUUACAUGUCGAGAAGUCGACAUCUGGUCGUCCUUCAAGAAUGAAAAAUAUAUCGCCCAAUAUGCACAAGACUACUCAUGGAACCCAUCUACCAAAAGUAUGAGACUCUACAUGGAAUUCUAUGAGGGAGGUGACUUGCAAAAAGUGUUGGAGGCAUGUCGGGCGGAUGAGGUCGCAAUUCAUCCCUUGGUUGCAACCUACUGGGCCACUGAAAUCGCCCGUGGUCUCAAGAACUGCCACGAGAGGGGUGUCGUUCAUAAAGACUUGAAGCCAUCUAAUGUUCUACUAUCUAUGCCAUAUGUCUACAACGACAUGCUUUGGACUGCCACCCUAGGCGAGAACCUAACAGAGAAAGAAAAGCAGCUUGCCGGCCAGUUCACUCAGUGGCUCAAGACAAGGUCUCCAUGGUGCCAUAUCUCCGACUUCGGCGUCGGAAAGAACUCGAAGGGUGGCCUCAAUGGCGAGUCGCCUGUUAGUCUAUCAACAGAGACUACAUACGUUCCUCCAGAAUGUGUCGACUCUGCCUCAAAAUAUACAACUAAGUCAAAUGUCUUCAGCCUUGGCCGAAUUCUAUAUGCUCUAUGUCAAUGCGAUCUCCCAGUAGAUACUCCUCUCGAGGAUAUCCAACCUCUUCCAGUCGAAUAUCCUGAGCGAUUACGUGCUUUGAUUCCCAGAUGCCUUAAGGCAGACCCCGCGGAAAGACCAACAGCGUCCGAAGUCGUUCUCGAGCUCAUGGAAUCCCUCGUGGAUUUCUGCUGCGACAAUCAAUUCUUAAAGCUUAAGUCCAAUAUUGACCGACAAAUCAAUCCCACAAGGCCGAUUGCCAGGACAAGGACCCUCUCAAGUGCGUCGACUCUGGCCAACGUCUACACCGCCCUGAACGGUGCCGUUACUGACUCUACAACCACCGAAAGACCCACCUCACCUGCUGUCCUCUCAAUCUCCGACAUUGACCCAAUCUCUAGAACUGGAACUCCUUCUCAGGAACCCCGAAAAUCAACUUCCUCGCCCACCGUCAAACAUGUCUCCCUCGCCGUGAUUCCAGAACAGGCCUCGCCGACCGUUGGCCCAUCCGCCCCAGCCCCACCUCCAGCCAAGACUGCAGAAGAUUUGCGUGAGGAUCUCGUCAAAGCCUGGCACUCUCGUGAUAUUAACGCCAUGGAGCGUGCCUUGGUCGCUGGUGCAGAUGCCAACACAGUUGCCCGGUCGUGGCCCAAGAUCGGUAUUACGACCGAAUACCCCCUGCUCAACUGGACGAUCAAAGACGGCUGGUCGAAAAUGAUGCGACUUCUCGUCACUCAUGGCGCUACUUUUGAUGCCUCCAUCUCUGACAUCGUCACUAAGCUCUCCACGCAAACUGAGGUUAAGAGCUUCCAGAACCAAUACCACCCAAUUUAUCUCGCCGUCUUCAUCGCCGACUUUGGUAUUCUCGAUUUCUUCUUCGUCGAAAAAGGCUACAACGUCAACUCACAGCACCUGGAACGUGGAGAUACUCCACUCCAUAUCGCAGUUAUGAGGCAAGAUUUGAGGGUUGUUAAGUACCUGCUCCAGAAAGGUGCUUCCACCGAAUUCAGAAAUGAAUUUGGCGAAUCUGGCGUUCACCAAGCUGCAAGGUCGUGGGGAACAAAGGUUAAUCCGUGCCUUGAGUAUCUCCUCGAGGUUUUCCCAGACGGUGUAAACGAAGUUGAUGCAUCUGGCAACACCCCGCUCCAUAUCGCCGCCAAAGAUGGGUGUUUAGAGGGCAUCAAGGUUCUUCUCAGGAAGGGUGCUAAGACUACAGUAAGAAACGAAGAAGGCAAUACUCCUGAGAUGCUGGCUAUUGGAAGACAAUCAAUCGCUCAGGCUUUAAGAGAGGCUGAGGGACUCAUCCCGAUAAAAGAGAAGGAUGAGUUCACACCAGAAAUGAGCGUUGGUGUCAUGCCCAUUAUGCCUGCUAUGGCGGCUCCUGGUGUAGUCGCUUAG